AUGAGGCUUAGCUUUGAGCAUUGCUAGAUAAUCUUAGUUAGGAAAACUCAUAUUUCAGAUAUUUAAAUAUAUCUCUAAGAAUAAAACACAGAUUUGAUAUUUAGAUUUACAAAAGAUAUUAUGCCAUUUCAAAGGGGAUUAUUUCAUUCUCGUACUUUCGAAUUUACGUGUCCCAUCUUGAAUAAAUGA